CACUACUGAUCAGGACUUCAGGAUACAUCCUACAAUAGAAAACUUACAAGAAAGUUUAAAUAAAGAAAAAACAAGAGAUCCAGAUCCAGACGAACCUGCAGGACUGACGGACAGCAUUACAGGCUGUCAUGUAGCGCUGAAAUCCCCGCAGGACUCUAAUCCAAAAACAUCCUUGUUUCCGGUUCCUCUUUCUUAUCCCUGCCCUCCAUCUUGGGCAAAAAAAAAAAAAACAGACCAAAUGGAUUCUUUGGAUCGUUGUUCCCAUUUUUUACCACCAGGGGGCGGUCCAACACCACCAACCAAGCCGUUGUGUUCAUACAGAACUGCUCCAUCAACAAACUCAGAAAGGACAAAAGGCCAGGAGAAUGACAUGUGGAUUUUCAUCAGUGAAGAUGGUUGUGUAACCUAUACUAAUACGCCUGAAAAAAUUACUUUAGAUUUAUUUACAAAACAUUUUAAUAAUGAACCAUUAUAUAAUAAAAAAAAUAAAUCUAAUGAACCAUUUUUGAAAAUAAUGGGUAAGACGAACUUACCCAUCAAGAAGUUAAAGAAAAACAAACAUAUACAAAAAUUAUUUAGUAUUAUAAUCACUGAAAUAAAUAAUGAUUUAAUUACAGAGACAAAUGAAGAAGAAAGUAUGAAUUAUGAGAUUGAAUUAAUCGGUCCCUUUGGUCGAAAGCGUAAAAAACACAGUGAGGACCUCUUAAUUAAAAAACUUAAGGAAAGGAAAAAUAUUUAUGCAGUUUGGAUAUACACAACAAAUAGUCCUUGUUUAGGUAGAAAAUCUCAUUUUCCCUGUUUGUAUAAUUUAAUCAAUUACGCAAAAAAUCAUAACAUUAAAAUGUACAUCGGUUUCUCAAAAUAUUAUAUUUUUAGCAAAGACAUGUAUAAAUUUAUUAAAAAUCUGGAAGAAUUGAGAAACUGGAAUCCUUACCAUAAAUUUCAGGUUCAAUUCAAUAUUACAGAAUUCAAAUUUAAAGCAGCCCGUAAUAUAAUAAAGAACAUUAUUUCUGAAUAUUCAUCCUUAGAAAUGACAUACAGCGAGUGGCAUCAGACAGGAUCAGAAACAUCAGUAGAGUUUGAGUCCACACUGAGAAAAGAGUUGAUGGAGAGCUCUGAUGAAGAGUUCAAUAACAUUACAGAGGAGUUUAAGAUAUGGUGGACUCUAAGUGUAGAUGAAAAUCUAAACAGACAUGUACUCCCAUCCGUUUUUGAACACAUCCAGGGUCUUUAUCCUAAUCUGGAGUUUUUCCAGGUUGAUUUGGAGCAAAUCUUGAAUUUGGCUAAUGAGGAAUAGUUAAACCAGCUGCAGGGUAUUAAGCACUACCCUGUGUUUGUCCCAUUAGCUUAUAUGAGCACUACUACUACUACUACUACUACUACUACUACUACUACUACUACUACUACCAAUACUACUACUCAUUGAGGCAAAAAAAAAAUAUUUUUUAUUGUUAUAGAUGUUAAAAAAAUAGAUUUUACAGCUUUUUAAUUAAUAUAUUUUAAUUGCUUGUGUAUAUAUAUAUAUAUUGAUUGUUAUACAUAUAUAUAGUGAAUAGAAAUUUUUGGAGUGGAGUAAAUGCCAUACUGUAUCACAUGUAACUGCCAUACAACGUGCCAAUAAAUUUCUGCCCACUGCUCCGGGUGUAUGUUCA